CACCUUUUAGCAUUUUUCCAUUUCAAAUAUACUUAACCAGUGUGAAAACCAAAACCUCCCUUCAGAGCUGGACACAAAGAACCUUGGGAACUAAAACCCAAACUAUUUCUCUCUCUCUCUCUCUUUCUUCCUCUCUCUGCAAUAACUACAGUUUCUACUGUGAUACCUCCAAUCUGCUAUAAAAAAAGAAAAACAGAACCUGUUUUUCACUCUCUCAUGCCCAUAACCUCUUUUUGCCUUUUCUCAUUCUUGGUUUCCUCUCAAUCAAGUCUAUGGAAGAGACAGAAGAGUCCAAUGCUAACAAGAAAUGCAACACCAAAACAAGGACUUUCAGGGGGAGAAGCAACCCACAAAAGCAUCAAUUUCAGCAUCAGCUCUUUCAGUAUUCAAAUCAGUUUGGAAUCUGUAAUCAGAAUCCAUACCACAGAUACUAUCCAGCUCUUCUUCCUCUACCUCCUCCAAUACCUCUGCAACUUGCUUUAACACCUCCUCUGCCUCUCAACCACAGCUUCAGGUCAAAAACCCGUCUGCAGAAACCUUCAUGCAGGCUCAAUAACCCUCCUCUCGCCGCCUCUUCGGAAACCCAUAUACCCAAUGUCAAAAUUUCACCGGAGGGGUUUCCAAAGCAAACUGGUAUACCCCUCAAACAAGAAGAUGGAAGGAAGUUCUCAGGUUCAAGGACAGAACAAGCACUAGUGGCUGCAAAGAGACCAGAUUCUGGUGGUGUAGAAGGUCCAGUUAUCUCUCUCCUAGCUAACCAUUUUCUUGUCCAAUUUGAUUCUUCACAAAGAAUUUUCCACUACAAUGUUGAAAUCUCUCCCAAUCCUUCCAAGGAUGUUGCAAGAAGGAUCAAACAGAAAUUGGUGGAGGAUAACCCUGCAGUACUCUCCGGUGCUGUUCCAGCUUAUGAUGGCCGGAAGAAUCUUUAUAGCGCAGUGGAAUUUCAACAUGACAAACUCGAAUUAUACAUAAGCCUUCCCAUUUCCACAAGCAAACCAACUACGUUAUGUGGAGGGCUGGAUCACUCUCAGGAGAAACAGCAACAGCUCAAACUGUUUCGAAUAAAUAUCAAACUUGUAUCGAAGUUUGAUGGGAAGUCAUUAAGUAGUUACUUGAACAAGGACGGAGACGAUUGGAUCCCAAUCCCUCAGGAUUAUCUCCAUGCUUUGGAUGUUGUUUUGAGGGAGAGCCCAAUUGAGAAAUGUAUACCUGUUGGGAGAUCACUAUAUUCAAGCUCAAUGGGAGGAACUAAGGAAAUUGGCGGAGGAGCUAUUGGAUUUAGAGGGUUCUUUCAGAGCCUUAGACCCACCCAACAAGGACUAGCUCUGAAUGUGGAUUUCUCUGUGACAGCUUUCCAUGAAAGCAUUGGAGUAAUCCCGUACUUGCAGAAGAGGCUUGAGUUUCUCCGGGAUCUUCCUCAGAGGAAGACUAGAGGUUUGGUUGGUGAGGAAAGGAAGGAAGUUGAAAAGGCGUUAAAGAACAUUAGGAUCUUUGUUUGCCACAGAGAAACUGUUCAGAGAUACCGAGUUUAUGGCUUGACUGAGGAGGCGACUGAAAAUCUUUGGUUUGCAGACAGGGAUGGGAAGAAUCUGAGGCUGGUGAGUUACUUCAAGGAUCACUAUAAUUAUGACAUACAAUUCAGAAAUUUGCCUUGCUUGCAGAUUAGUAGGAGUAAACCAUGUUAUCUUCCUAUGGAGCUGUGUAUGAUCUGUGAAGGGCAGAAAUUUCUUGGCAAGCUAUCAGAUGAUCAGACUGCAAGAAUACUUAAGAUGGGUUGCCAACGACCGAAAGAACGGAAAGCCAUUAUAGAUAAUAUUAUGCAAGGCCCUGUUGGACCAACAAGUGGCAUUCAGGGAAGAGAGUUCAAACUCCAUGUCUCCAGAGAAAUGACAAGAUUAAAUGGAAGAGUUCUUCAACCUCCCAAGCUAAAGCUUGGUGAGGGGGGCCACAUCAGAGACCUAACACCAUGUCGCCAUGAUCGCCAGUGGAACCUUAUGGAUAGCCAUGUCUUUGAGGGAACUCGAAUUGACAGAUGGGCACUAUUGAGUUUUGGUGGCACUUCUGAUCAGAAGUCCAACAUUCCAAAAUUCAUAAACCAGCUUUCUCAAAGAUGUGAACAAUUAGGCAUCUUUCUUAACAGAAACUUAAUUGUUAGCCCCCAGUUUGAACCAACACAGGUUCUUAACAAUGUGUCCCUUUUGGAAUCUAAACUGAAGAAAAUACAAAGAGCUGCAUCAAACAAUCUCCAGCUGCUCAUAUGUAUAAUGGAAAGGAAACACAAAGGUUAUGCAGAUUUGAAGCGAAUAGCAGAGACAAGCGUUGGGGUUGUAACCCAAUGCUGCUUGUACCAAAAUCUUGUUAAGUUGAGUUCACAAUUUCUGGCGAAUUUGGCUAUCAAAAUCAAUGCCAAAGUUGGUGGUUGCACGGUUGCCUUGUACAAUUCAUUACCCUCUCAAAUCCCAAGGCUGCUCCGCUCAGAUGAUCCGGUGAUCUUUAUGGGUGCUGAUGUUACACAUCCUCACCCACUUGAUGAUGUUAGUCCUUCUGUUGCAGCUGUUGUUGGUAGCAUGAAUUGGCCAGCAGCAAACAAGUAUGCUUCAAGAAUGAGGUCCCAAACUCAUAGACAAGAAAUCAUCCAGGAUCUUGGUGCAAUGGUGGGAGAAUUGCUGGAUGAUUUUUACCAGGAAGUUGACAAACUUCCUAAAAGAAUAAUUUUUUUCAGAGAUGGAGUAAGCGAAACACAGUUUUAUAAAGUCCUGAAAGAGGAGUUGCAAGCCAUUAAAGGGGCUUGCUCUAGGUUUCCUGGUUAUAAACCUCCCAUAACCUUUGCAGUAGUUCAGAAGAGGCAUCACACGAGAUUGUUUCCUGUUAAAAUCGAUCCAUCUUUCAUACAGAGCCAGUUUCAAGACGAAAAUAUUCCUCCGGGGACAGUGGUGGAUACAGUGAUCACGCACCCAAGGGAAUUUGAUUUCUAUCUCUGUAGCCACUGGGGAAUGAAGGGAACCAGCAGACCAACACAUUACCAUGUAUUGUGGGAUGAAAACCAGUUCACUUCAGAUGAACUACAGAAGCUAGUUUACAAUCUUUGCUAUACGUAUGCAAAAUGUACCAAGCCUGUUUCUUUGGUGCCUCCAGCUUAUUAUGCUCACCUUGCUGCAUAUAGAGGCAGGCUCUACCUCGAGCGAUCGGAGUCAACAAUAUACUCGAGAAAUACUUCAACAUUCUCCCGACCUGCCCCUCCUAAGGCCUUGCCUCUACCAAAACUUAGUGAGAAAGUUAAGAAACUCAUGUUUUACUGCUGAAUAAUCUACCAAUCCACUAUGUGUAUCAGGUUUAUGACCUAUAUAGAUGUAGUUCAAUAUAACAUAAAUGCCCAACUGCCUAGACUUGUUCCCUUUUAUGGUUAAUUUGCAAGCUAAUUCAAAGGAUGAAUUGCCAA